AUGGCUCUCCGUCGUUUUUUGAUCAAGUCUACCACUACCACUACCCCAACCCCAACCCGCUUUCCUCCACCACCACCACCACCACCCUCUGCUCCUACCACCACCACAACCCCAACCCGUUCUCCUCCUCUCAAGCCUCCACCCGCUCCAUUUACUCGUCCCCUCCUCCUCCUCACUACCCAUCUCAUCCCUUCUACUCCACCCGCUCCAUUUACUCCUCCCCAUCUCCUCACUUCCCGGGCUUUCUCAAGCCCUGGGGAAAACUCACCCGCCAAGGUGCUUGUCCAUCAGUUCAUCGAAAAGAUGAAAAACCAUGUAUCCGAUUUGCCUUUUCCACCAGCGGUCAAGGCGGCCCUUCACACCAUUUUGAAGGGCAUGCUCUUUGCCGCUGGUGAAAGAGCAUUCGAGCUGCUCGUGAGGGUCUUCCUCUGGCUCAAGGAGAAGCUCUUGACGUGGUGGAAGGGCAAGAAGAAGGCGGCGGAGGAUGAAGAGUGA